UCAUCAGACUGGACUCAUAGUGCCGCUGUUGGUCAAUAUGUCAGUUUAGAGAGCAGAUCUGCUGCAGUUCCACCCCCAUCAUCACCAUAUUAUUCGAGAGAGACAGAAGCUGAGAGCACAGUCUGAGGAGGAGAGAGAAGACAAAUCACAGAGAUACUGUAUUCAAUAUACUUCUGGAAUUACAGACUUUCUUAGUUUUUGUCACUUUGGAUUUAUAGAUGAUUUCCUCCAGCUUCUUGGAUUGAUUUAUUUGUUUUCUGCUUCAAUCUUCAUUCCGUUGUCUUCUGCAAAAUGUCGGACAGAACAAUGGCGCGGCAAGUACUGCUGUUUAUUUGGUUUCUCUCUCUCAGUUCUGCUCUCGGGCAGGUCAGUUACUCCAUUCCUGAGGAAAUGGCGAAAGGCUCUUUAGUCGGGAGCAUAGCGCAGGAUUUGGGUUUAGAUUUAAAGAGACUGAGAUCGGGUAAAGCGCGUAUUUAUACUGGAGACAGCGCUGAAUACAUCGAGCUGAAUAAAGAAAGAGGAGUCCUCCUUAUCAAAGAGAGAAUAGACCGAGAGACGCUAUGCGGACAGACAACGCCUUGCGCGCUACAUUUUCAGAUUAUUCUUGAAAACCCGAUGCAACUAUACAGAGUAACAGUUGAGAUACAAGACAUUAAUGAUAACGCCCCUAUUUUCAGCCUCGAUGAAAUGAAAUUUGAAAUUAGCGAAAUGGCUCUGUCCGGAGCUAAAUUCGAUUUGGAGACUGCAGUUGACACCGACGUGGGUUUGAAUGGUCUUCAAAAGUACAUACUGAAACCAAGUGACAAUUUUAUUAUAAAAACUCAAAGCUUACCAGAUGGUAGUAAAUCUGUGGAAAUGGUUUUACAGAAACCACCGUGUCUAUCAUCGCCAUUCUACGUAGGGGGCACAGGAACUUUACAGCACGUGUACAAUUAUGAGGUUUGCAGAACCACUGACUCCAGAAAGAGUGAUCUGAAAUACGACAGACCUUGCAGUGAAAGCAUCAUUAGUCUGGACAGCAGUGGAGCACAGACACUCACGCAUGCGCAAAGAGGGAAACUGAUCAGUGAUGAAUUUGAUGAUCAGUUCAUCAGACGGGACUCAUAG